CAAGGAUCAAGGUUCCCAGACUUCCCUCCAUCGCCCAUACAUCACCACUCCUCCCGACCAGAUCACGACAACAGCACCGAGUCAGAAAUCGCCCUGACAACCGCCAUGGCGAACCUCUUCCGUCGCAUCUACGACUGGCUGCUUCGCCUGUUCUGGGCGACUGAGAUGGACAUCACCAUGAUCGGGUUGCAAAACGCUGGCAAGACUUCGCUGUUGAGAGUUCUGGCGGGAGGAGAGUUUACUGUCGACUCCAUCCCGACUGUUGGCUUCAAUAUGAAGCGCGUCCAGAAAGGUCAUGUAACCUUGAAGUGUUGGGAUCUCGGAGGCCAACCUAGGUUCCGUUCCAUGUGGGAGCGGUACUGCCGCGGUGUGAAUGCCAUUGUGUUCAUCGUCGACUCUGCUGAUAAGGAGGCCCUGCCAGUUGCUGGCGAAGAGCUUAAACUCCUGUUGGAGAAGCCGGCUCUAGAAGGCAUUCCUCUCCUGGUCUUGGGCAACAAGUCCGACUUGCCCAACAAGCUCUCGGUGGAUGAGCUCAUCGAAGCGCUCGACCUCAAGUCAGUGUCGCACCGAGAGGUGAGUUGCUACGGGAUCAGCGCAAAGGAGGAGACCAACCUCGAUGCUGUUCUCCAGUGGUUGAUCGCCCGAGCCAGCAAGUGA